AUGUCUAAAGUGGUAGGGGGAGAUGGUGCACCCAGGACACCUGCAGAAGACAUUCCAGGUGUACCUGACUUUGGCUGGAGAGUCAAGUUAUCAUAUGAAUGUCCUGAUAAAUGUUCACCUUUCUUCAAGCCAAGAGUUUCACAAAUACCCCAGUACAUGGGUCUGAGCAUGAGAUAUAGUGCUAUGUGGAUGAAAAAGAAGAAAGAAGGAAAGAAACCAUUCAUUGAUCAUAUGAAUGCAAUAAAACAUAAUCCUAUAUAUGGUUGUCCUAUAGGUGGUAUCGGAUGUGGUACUAUUGGUAGAGGUUAUAAAGGAGAAUUUUGCCGUUUUCAAAUGAUACCAGGAAUAUAUCGGCAUCAUACUGUAGAAGCAGAUCAGUUUAUAGUGUGUAUCAGAAGAAAUGGCGUGACUGUAUAUCAACAAGUAUUAUCAUCUCAAGUUAAAAAGGGCAAGUCACUAAAGAACUGGUCCUGGGGUUUUCCUGGUGGUAGUGCCACAUAUCAUGCUCUGUAUCCUAGAGCCUGGACAGUUUAUGAUAUUAAAAAACAUAAUGUUAAAUUGAUAUGUAGACAGAUAUCACCUAUCUAUCCUCAUGAAUAUCAGGAAACUAGUCUACCAACUGCUGUUUUUGUUUGGACAAUAGAGAAUAAUGGACCAGAAGAUUUAGAAGCCAGCAUAACCUUCACCUUUCAAAAUGGCCAGGGCAGCAAAAAUGAUUGUAAUAAAGGUAUAUCUAGUGGAGAGUUCCAGAAACAAGACUUGACCGGUGUUUCUAUACAUCAAUUGUUUAAUGGGAUGAAAUGUACCUAUUCUUUAGCGUCUAUCUCUAAGCCUGAUGUAGAUAUAAGUACAGUUGUUAAUUUUGACCCUCAUGGUAGUGGUGAAGAAUUAUGGAAUGAUUUGUAUGAAGAUGGUAAACUAGGUAACACACCAGCUGCCAGCCCAGCUACUGGUAAUAAAGGAAAAGAUAUUGGUGUUGCUGUAUGUGCCUUUAUUAAUGUACCCUCCAUGUCAUCUAAAUCACUGGAUUUUGCCUUAGCUUGGGAUAUGCCUGUUAUUCAAUUUGGAGCCAAGGAACAACAUUAUGCUAGACGUUACACUCGUUGGUUCGGUACUGAAGGUAAUGCAGGUCCAAACCUUUGUCAGCAUGCAUUAAAAAAUUACCCUAUGUGGGAGAAAAAAAUAAACGAUUGGCAGCAACCUGUAUUAAAUAGCAAAAAAUUACCUGGAUGGUACAAGUCAGCGUUAUAUAAUGAGUUAUAUUAUAUCAGUGAUGGUGGGACAGUCUGGUUAGACCCUCACGAAUUAGAUAAAAACUUUAAAGCUGAUAUCAACCUACAUCCAGUCGUGAAAGAAUAUAGUCGAUUUGGUUAUUUAGAGGGUAUGGAAUAUAGAAUGUAUAAUACCUAUGAUGUACAUCAUUAUGCAUCAUUUGCUCUGAUUAUGUUAUGGCCUAAAUUACAGUUAUCUCUUCAAUAUGAUAUGGCUGCUACAAUAGUCAGAAAUGAUGAAACUAAUAUGCAGUAUCUUAUGAGUGGUGAAAAAGGACCAACACAUAUAGCUAAUACAGUACCACAUGAUAUUGGAGAUCCAGAGGAAGAGCCAUGGAAGAAGGUGAAUUGUUAUUCAAUACAUCCUACUCAUGACUGGAAAGAUUUAAAUACUAAAUUUGUAUUACAAGUAUAUAGAGACUAUGUAGCUACUAAUGAUAGAAAAUAUUUACAUGAAAUGUAUCCUGUUGCUGUGGGUGUUAUAGAACAUGCUAUAGAUUGGGAUACAGAUGGUGAUGGAUUAAUAGACAAUUCAGGUUAUGCAGAUCAAACAUUUGAUGCUUGGACCAUGAAAGGUGCAAGUGCAUAUUGUGGAGGUUUAUGGUUAGCUGCUUUACGUGUAUUAUGUGAAAUGGGCUUUAUAUUGGGUAAAACUGAUGAUGUAGAUAGAUAUGCUGCUAUAUUAAAACGUGGUGCUGAAUCAUAUCAAGACAAGUUAUGGAAUGGUAAAUAUUAUGAGUAUGAUAGCAGUAAUAGUGAACAUCAUGAUAGCAUAAUGGCUGAUCAGUUAUCAGGGCAAUGGUAUUUACAUGCAUCAGACAUUAAAGAUGAAGCAGUAUUUCCAUCUGAUCGAGUUAAAACUGCUCUAAAAACAGUGUAUGAGAAUAAUGUCAAGAAGUUUGGUAAUGGUAAUAUGGGAGCUAUUAAUGGUACCAAACCAGAUGGUUCAAGAGAUACGAGUAGUCCUCAGUCAGAGGAAUUCUGGACAGGUAUUACCUAUGCUGUAGCAGCAAGUAUGAUACAAGAGGGCCUGUUAGAUGAAGGCCUACAGACAGCAUAUGGAGCAUAUCAUGCUUGUUGGGAAGGACUAGGUUUAGCUUUUCAGACUCCUGAAGCUUAUACAACAGAGAAGGGUUACCGUUCUUUGGGUUACAUGCGACCAUUAAGUAUAUGGGCAAUACAGUGGGCUAUCAGAAGAUUCCAUCCACAACUUCUCAAUCCUUAAACAGAUAUUCAAAUUUUUACAUCCAACCAUUAUUUAUACUUUUUUGGUCCUUGUCUAAUUCAUAUCAGAUAACUAUUUUUGGUGAAUCUCCAAAUUCAAAUUCAAAAGAUUAUAUUAAAAUAUUGGAAAUGUUUCUACAUUUUUUGAAGUAUUUUUAGAUUUGGGCAAUGGUUUAUGGCUUUUGUUAUUUGCUUGAGUUUGUUCUUGUCAAGAUUUAAAUGUUGCUUAAUACCUCAACACUUUAUCAGUAUUUUGUAAACUUUUUAAAUUGAAUCCUUAGACACAUUUCACAUGUCCAGCACUGAUUACAAAUGGAAGCAUUUGAUUUACUAAUUAACUGCACACUAAAGUUUUUAAGUAUCUUUUUUACCCCAUGCCAGUAAGUACAGUAAGCUCUUUGAACUUUUAUCCAAUGGAUCAUCAUCUAGAAAAUAUUUGUUAAUUUUGGUUUCUUGAUUUUCUAUGAGUGCAUGAUGGAAUAUAAUUUCUGGAUUACUCAAUUUUCUAGAAGUACAGGGCAAGGCUUUAGGGCAAGAGAUUACUACUACAAUGGACAUUUUUGGCAUUUAAAAAAAUAUAUUCUUAGUCAAAAAUUACCUUCAAUCUCCACAUAUCAAUUGUCAAUUAUUUGCCAUGUAUAAGAACCUACAUAUAUUAUUAGUAAUAUAGUAAGUAUUAUCAGUAUAGUAAUAUUACUCUUUCACACAUUCGAAUGAAUAUUUUCAUAUUUUUUUUUAAAUUCAGACAUUUUCAUGCCGUUUGUUUUCUCAUAUAUAUAUAUCCCAAUUGUUUCCAAUGUGAAUUUUUUGUAUUAAUUGUUGAACUAUUAUUUCUAAUAUAUAUCAAUGCUCAUAUUAUUUUCAAUUUUUUUUUUAAUUUGUUAUUUUUGCAUUAUUUAUUCAUAUAAUUAUAUUGUAUUUUAUGUUAUGUUAGGACCGUAUUCCGAAUUUAAAUUCUGUUAUUUUAUGUAAAUCAGAAUAACACUUCAUUGAAAAAAAUAAUGAAUUGAGAGCAUAUAACUUUAGUCAAUAAUUAAGUUUGAAAUGUUAUUCCAUUUUUAGAUUAUAACAUUAAGAGCCGCAGAGCCUAAAUAUUUCGUCACAUUAAAGUCUGAGAGCCUUCAGCAUGUAUGAAAUUAAGAUGUUAUAAAGCCUAAAGAUUGAAUGCCUUUAACAUGUUUAGGUACUUCUUCAGUUUGAAAUCUAAGUGCAUUUAAGUAAGAAGGACUCUUAUAAUGAAAGUGCAUUUUGGAACUUUGAAGAUAUAUUAAUUAGAGAUUGUGAUAGUUAUUAUGAUUUAAAAUUUAUUGCUUUUAGCCUAAAUUGUAAUAAAUUCAUUUUUGCACAACUUUUGAUUGUAGAACCUUUCAUAUUUCGAGAUUCCGAGCAUCUUUUCACAGUCUCAAUCUAUUUAUAUGUUUUGCUCAUACUUUGCAUAAUUAAACUUUAUUGAAAUCUU